AUGGAGCACGAACUACGUGUUGACGUGCCCAGAUCUUUUGCUGGGGCCGUGCUGCCAGAAGCUGAAGCUGCGAUCCGAAAGGGAACAAUACCAAGCACAAUUUCCAACCUGGUGACGCUCAACGAACUCAACAUGUCCUAUAAUUUUGGGGUGGUGGGCUUUCUACCACGCGAGGUCGGCAGCAUGGCGAACCUGACUGUGUUGCACAUAUACAGUGCUGGUAUUCACGGACCUAUUCCGGAUUCAUUGAGCCUGCUCGGAAGUCUUGAAGAGCUCUGGUUGAACGGCAAUCGUCUCAGCGGCAUUAUUCCUGAAGGAUUGGGGCGCUUGUCUCACCUCCGAGAGCUGUACCUCAACGCGAACGAAUUGGUCGGGGAAAUACCUUGCUCAUUUAGCGAACUUGCCAGCCUGGAGGGAUUGAAUCUUAGCUGGAAUCGGCUUUCGGGUAACUUCCCGGCUUGUCUGAGCAGUAUGGUGAGGACAGUUUUGCCGCGCAAGUGCUCCUAUCCGUCACAGGCUCGCUUGUGCCCACGGAACCAGACCCUUUGGCAGUGA